CCUCUCAUCCCUAAUUAUAACCCUCUCAAAGCCCUAUAAAGCUUCCAUUUUUUCUUCCUUCCAAUCGAGAAACCGCCAUUGGAGCAUGGGUAAGGUGAAGGGAAAGCAUCGUUUGGACAAGUUCUACCACUUGGCCAAGGAGCACGGCUACCGCUCCAGAGCCUCAUGGAAGCUCGUCCAGCUCGACGCCAAGUACGGCUUCCUCCGCUUCUCCCACGCCGUCCUCGACCUCUGCGCCGCCCCCGGCGGCUGGAUGCAGGUCGCCGUCCAGCGUGUCCCCGUCGGCAGCCUCGUCGUCGGCAUCGAUUUGGUUCCGAUCGCCCCGAUCCGCGGGGCGGUCGCCGUCCAGCAGGACAUCACGAAGCCUGAGUGCAAGGCCAAGGUCAAGCGGAUUAUGAGCGACAAUGGCUGCGCCGCCUUCGACUUGAUCCUCCACGACGGCUCGCCCAACGUCGGAGGCGCUUGGGCUCAGGAGGCCACCAGCCAGAACGCCCUCGUCAUUGAUGCCGUCAAGUUGGCUACUCAGCUCUUAGCUCCCAAAGGAACCUUCAUCACCAAGGUCUUCCGGUCGCAAGAUUACGAGUCAGUCAAGUAUUGUCUUUCAAGGUUGUUUGAGAAGGUUGAGGUGCACAAGCCAGCCGCUAGUCGUUCCACAUCUGCGGAGACAUAUCUUUUAGCUUUUAAGUACAAGGCUGCUGCAAAGAUUGAUCCUCGCAUUCUUGAUGUGAAGUAUCUAUUCCAGGGAUCUAUUGAACCUCCGAGAAAGGUGGUGGAUGUACUUAGAGGAACAAAGCAAAAAAGAUUCCGCGAGGGCUAUGAAGAUGGGGACACAACUUUGAGGAAAGUGUCAACAGCUGCAGAUUUCAUUUGGUCUGACAGUCCUCUUGAGAUCCUUGGUUCUGUUACUUCCAUAAGCUUUGAUGAUCCGGCUUCUUUGCCCAUUAAGGAUCAUGCGUUGACAACAGAAGAGGUUAAAAUUCUAUGCGAUGAUUUGCGUGUCUUGGGGAAACAAGAUUUUAAGCACCUUUUAAAGUGGCGUAUACACAUAAGAAAGGCCUUGGCUCCCUCUGGGAAGGCUGAAGCUUCCAUUAGUAAAGACGUUGAAACUGAUAAUAAGGAAAAUGAAGAGGAUAAACUACUUAAUGAGAUGGAAGAGCUAACACAUGCUAUGGAGCGCAAACAGAAACGUAAGAAAAAGCUUCUUGCAAAGAGACGAGCUAAGGAUAAGGUGCGGAAGAUGCAAAUAGAUGCACUGGAGGACGGUUACAUUGACAAUGAGUUGUUUUCUCUCUCUGCCAUCAAGGGUAAGAAAGAUCUUGUUGCGGUUGAUUCGACGGAAUAUGAUGAAGAGAAUGGGGACGCAGGUGAUAGUGAUACUGAAGAGCCCCGUGAAGAGACCCAACAGGGAUCAUUGAGUGACAUAGACUCUGAUGAAGAGCGGAGAAGAUAUGAUGACCAUAUGGAAGAGCUUCUAGAUCAGGCUUAUGAACAGUUCAUGUCCAAAAAGGAGGGUAUUACAAAGCAGCGGAAGCGUGCAAAACGAUUGCGUUCUGAAGACAUUCUUGAGGUAGGGAGCUCCUGUUUUUGUGUUGGUUUGCAGGGUGGUGGUGGUGGUGAUGAUGAAAUCGUCCAGCCGGACUAUGAUUCAGAUAAAGAUCAUGGUGAUCAGGAAGCUAAUCCUCUCAUGGUUCCACUUGAUGACGGAGAAGGCCCAAGUCAAGAGGAGAUUACAAACAAGUGGUUUAGUCAGGAUAUCUUUGCUGAAGCUGUGGAAGAUGGAGAUUUGGAGAAAUCUGAUAGUGAAGACGAAAUGAAGGUUGACAGGCAGGAGAAGAAUCUUUGUUUGCCUGAAAAGACCAAGGAAAAGUCAGAAAACCGCGCUGUGGCUGUAGUGUCCAAUUGCCCUCAGAGUCAAGCUUCGAAUAAAGAUGAUUUUGAGAUUGUCCCUGCUCCGGAAACAGAUUCAAGUGAUGACUCAUCCGAUGAUGAUUUGGACGAUGAAACAAAAGCUGAGAUACUAGCUUGUGCGAAGAAAAUGCUAAGGAAAAAGCAGAGGGAGCAGAUGCUUGAUGAUGCUUAUAAUAAGUACAUGUUUGAUGACGAGGGCUUGCCCAAAUGGUUUCUGGAGGAAGAAAAGAGACAUCGUCAACCAAUUAAGCCUAUAACCAAAGAAGAGGUUGCUGCUAUGAGAGCACAAUUUAAAGAAAUUGAUGCCCGUCCCGCGAAGAAAGUGGCUGAGGCCAAGGCUCGGAAAAAGCGGAUUGCCAUGAAGAAGCUUGAGAAGGUUCGUAAGAAGGCAAACAUGAUAUCAGACCAGACAGACAUUUGCGAUCGAUCAAAGAGGAAGCAGAUUGAACAACUAUAUAAGAAGGCAAUGCCUAAAAGGCCUAAAAAGGAAUAUGUGGUUGCAAAGAAAGGAGUUCAAGUGAGGGUUGGCAAGGGUAAAACUCUCGUUGAUCCACGGAUGAAAAAGGAUCUUAGAGCACAGAAAUUGGCUAAGGCGGGAAAAGCCGGUUCAAAAAAGGGAAAGAAUGCCAAGUUCCAGAAAGGCAAGGGGUCUGCAAAAGCUUCGGGAAAGAAGGGAAAAAAGGGUAACAAAGGAAAAAAGAUGGGCAUGCAUGAAUAAGCAGACGAUCAGACAGGAAAGUUGAAUUAUUUGAAAGAUAAACCUCCGCAGAGUUUUUAGUGUUUAGUUUUGCCUACAAUUUUGGUGUUUUUCUUUUCUUUUUAAUUUGUUUUUUGACGGCCGAAGGUGGGGGUCUUUCCUAGCGUUCUGUUCUUUAUAAAGUUGUAACAAAACAAUCCUACUUAUUUAAAAUAUAAUGGAACUUCUCCCUUACGAGUUAUGUGUUCAUUUUUUUU